AGAUUUACAUGCUCUAUUUAAAUCGCGUAGUUAACAAAAACCGACCUCAAAGUCCCAGAAGUCAGAAACCAAAAAAUGUCUAAAAGUAAAACCAGCUGCACAUGACCACACCCGAUUACUGCUCCUCCACCGCGACGACAACCACCGAGUCCACCAUGUCCAACCCCUCCUCCAACCACCACCGCCACCACCACCACCACCAAAACCUGACCAAAACCGUCGCCGAGGAGCGCGGGGACGCCGAGGUUUGGAACAGCUUGAACCAUAAUUUCCGACAGGUACAGACCGUGUUGGACCGGAACCGAGUUCUGAUCCAACAAGUGAACGAGAAUCACCAGUCGAGAAUCCCAGACAACAUGGUCAAGAACGUGGCUCUCAUCCAAGAGAUAAACGGCAACAUCUCUAAGGUCGUUUCGCUUUACUCCAAUCUCUCCUCCGAUUUCUCCUCUAAGUUCCAUGAUCAACGCACUAACAAGAGCGACGGCAGCGACAAGUCGGAGAGUCCCCCCGGGCCCGAGUGGGACCACCUACUUACACGUUCAAUCCAUCAACCUUAUGAGUAACUAGCUACAUUAAAAAGAUGUGAUGUGUUCAACAAAGCAAAAGAUACAAUGUCACUUCAAAUGGCUUUGUUGUUGAUUGAGAUCUUUCUUGUGGAUGAUAAAGGAUUUCUGUGGCUUAGCACAAGUAGUUGAGAAUUAGAGUUUUGUUAAAUGCUACGGUGAGCACAAUCAUGAAGUGUCUUCAUUAUGCAAUGAUGUGAUGCAAGAUUGUUGUUGGCAACCCCACUUGCUUUGGAGCACUGCCCUGAUAGUGAUACCCGCUCUGCAGUCUACUUACUUUCUUAAGCUGGUUAUUGAUGUAGCAAAUAAUUUUCACUCUCAGAAUGUAUUUAGCGGUUAAUCCUUUUGCUUGCCAUGAUUGGAGAUUAUAUAUUUUGUAGGAAUUAAUUUGUACGAAAUGGAAAUUACAUAAGGAAGUUCUGUUUCUUUUGUGUGA